CGGUGAAGGUGGCGGUGAGAUGCCGACCGAUGAACGCUCGCGAGUUGCAACAGGGAUGCAGGCGUAUCUACCGUGAUCACACGCUCGUAAGUAUCUUCGUACGUACGUAAAAGUUCUGCCGGCACGUAGCGUGCACGUGUUACCCCGUGUGGCAGUGUGUCAACCACGUGUGUCGUCAUGCACGUACGUGAAAAGAGAGGAAAAGAAACAAGGAAGAAAUAAACUGUGGCUCACCAUCGAUUUGGCAUAUAUUCCACUCCAUCGAUAAGCACGUGAAUACGUACGUAUAAACUAUAUUUGCACGUAUGUAAAAGGAUGUGUGCAACGACACGGUUCGAUACCUACGCUAUCUAUGCAUCGUGUAUGCACCGAUCAGCUUAGCGUGCCUACAUUACCUUUUGAAUAUAUUAUGGAAUAGUAAAUUUAAUGACGACUUACGGGUGCACGAUGCUCCGUGAUACGUAGCCACGGCGUACGUUGAUGGACGUACGAUGAAAGUGGAGAGGGAUUUCAAGUUAACGGACGGGAAUAUAGGUUCUCCUCUGUUCUAAUUAGAUCUUUGCCUUUUUACACUUUUUACGUGAAAGCGUGGAUCGUCCAAUAAUUUUAUGGCACGUAGAAACAUAAAUAUAUACGGGAAAAUAGAAGAGAGAAUUAUUAGGUCACGUGAAAUAGCAAUUGAAAGUUGAACUAGAUCUUUGAAAGUGAAAUCGCAUGGCAAAUGAAAUAAAAUGAAAUUGUACAGAUAAAUGAAAAAUAUUUUAUAGUGCUCUUUUAAAAUACAGCAGCAACGUAUAGGGUGACGAUCUCUAAUGAGAAGCUCUGUUCGACAAAAAGAAGUCGCAAUUGCGUUUCAUUACUAUUUCUGCGAAAUUGAAUCGAUAACAGUAUAAACUAUUGCUAAGCUGACGUUGCAAAUAACAGCCACGUUUAUGCUUAAUACGUUCACAGUGUUACACAACAUUUCUUAUUGAUCAAACGACUGAUUUUUGUAGAAAAGUGAUAAAAAUGUGCGAUAAAUGUAUUUCGCAUUCGUUCCAAUGCGAAUUAUUCUUAAAUUACAAGACCUCUCUGUCGUUUAAUUGACGAGCCAUGAAAAGGUAACGACGACUGAUCUGAAAGACGAGAUACUCUCAAUUUAUGCUGCUGCGUCAACGUUUAUGUACGAAUUAUACGAAUAUACGAAGAACAUGAUUUAAAACAUCGUACAAGGCCUCGACUCAAAAAAGAAAAAAUAAAUUGUAAACCUAUGAGAACCUAUAUUUCAAGUCAGACAAACUUAAUUAUCAUCAAACCGAACAUUGAUGAAACAAAAGUUAUACAACGUUUUGAAUACCCCAAAUUAAAUUUUACAGUUUCAACAAGCGAUGCUCGCUUCUUCAAACUGAAAAGAAUAUCAAUUCAUUUACAGCGUGAUUCACUUACUGAUUCUCUUUCAUCUCCGUAGAACGUGGUGACAAUCGAUCCUGCGUCGAAAUGUUGCACACUCGAAUGUCCAGCAGCCGGUGGAGCCGGAAACGGCAAGGUGUAUCAGUUCGACGCCGCCUUCGACCCGCAAUCAACCACGGAAUCCGUCUACGAGAACGUUGGCUCGGUCAUCGUGGAGGCUGUAUUGGACGGCUACAACGGCACCGUGUUCGCCUACGGGCAAACAGGCUGCGGGAAGUCGCACACGAUGCGAGGAUUCAUCGAACGGGCCUUGGACCACAUCUUCGAGGCCACGUCGACGGCCAGCGCGCAAAUGCGAUACCUGGCCUUGCUCAGUUACCUGGAGAUCUACAACGAACGAUUGAGAGACCUCCUGCAGGAUGGCGCGAGCGACAUGCUGACCUUGAAGGAGGACCCGAACCGCGGGACUUACGUGGCUGGAGGUUUAAGGGAGGUCACGGUGAAAGACGCGGCCGAGUGCGCCCGACUGGUCGAGCAAGGCGACAGAAGAAGAGCGGCUGCGGCGACUAAAAUGAACGCGGCCAGUUCGAGGAGUCACGCGGUGCUGACCUUGUCGUUGGAAACGCUGGCCAUCAACGAGGAGAACAGUAAGACUGAGAACACGGUGAAGAGAGGUAGGCUUCAUCUGGUGGAUCUAGCUGGGUCCGAGAGGCAAGCGAGGACCGGUGCCACCGGAGAUAGACUGAAAGAGGCAGCUAGCAUUAAUUUAAGCCUUUCCGCGCUGGGGAACGUGAUCAGCGCUUUGGCUGCUGGUCAUGGGAGGCAUGUGCCGUACAGAGACAGCAAGCUAACCAGGUUACUAAGAGACAGCCUCGGUGGGAACGCAAGAACUCUAAUGAUAGCCUGCGUAAGUCCCAGCGACGUGGAUGCUGAAGAAACUCUGAGCACGUUGCGAUACGCGGCCAGAGCACGAUGCAUCAAGAACAAGCCCGUGAUCAACGAGGAUCCAAAGGACGCUUUGCUGAGGCAGUAUCAACUGGAGCUGCAACGUCUGAGGAAGCUGCUCGAGUCGAGCGAUCAGUCACUCGUGAAGGAGAUCCCCGUGACAGAGGAGUCGACCUGGAACGAGCAGAGUGUCAAGCAAAAAAGAUACACCGAGGAAGUAGACAGACUGAAGAAGGAAUGUGAAAACUCGAAUCUGUCUGCUCAGAAGCUUCGAGAGGAACUGGAAGCGCUGAAGGUUCGCUACGAAACUGGCACCGUGAGUAACGCGAGGCCGAAGCUCGUUCCUCAACAGCCGAUGGACGAGCAGGACCUGGAACGCGAGGAAAGACGAAGAAAGAAACGGGAGGCGGCCAUGCAAGAGGUGUUGAAGAGGCUGGAGAAGUUAACUAUAGGAGGAGAGGAGCAAGGGAACGCUGAACUGAGAAGACGUAGGGAGAAAAGGAGGAAGAAGCUGGAGGCUCUUGCUUCGGCCUUGGAGACCAGCGCUCAGGAAGGAAAUGGAAGUGUCUUCCAAGUCUAUGGUCAACUUAGAUCAACAGAAGACGCGCUGAAGCGAAUGGCGAAACGAGCGAAGCAACUGGAAGCGGAAGCAGCCGAUCUUCAGGCUUCCUGGGACGCGGAGCGACGUGACCUUUUGCGAAGAGAGCUGCUCACCUCUCAGAUAUGCGACGCGAUGGUUCCCCAUCUUCGGCCAGGCUGUCCGUUUCGCGACGUUGCUAGCGUGAGAGCCGCGGCUACUUGGUGCGACGAGCUCGGUCGUUGGAGAUUGCCGGAUGUGUCGCCGCACAUUUCUCUUCCUCCGGCGUCGUUGGUGCCUAAAGACGGUAUACAGUACAACAUCAUGGCUUCCAAACCCGAUCUGAACAACAAUAGCAAUAACAAGGACAACGAGGAUGAGAUUGGCAACGAGGCUGACAACGAGGAGAGCAGCGAGCAGGAAGAUGUGAAGAAACCAGACAUCGUUGACACGUACUUCCGGCGGAAUAGGAUCGACAAAUUGCUGGCUCACGUCAGAGAAGCAAAGACCUUCGAGCAGUAUAGUCGGCUCAGCAAGUCGGGCGGUUCCGAGGAUGCCAUCCCGUUUGGAGGCAAUCAUCUUCAACUGAAUGCCCUAAAUCUACAAAGUAGCGCGCCUGUGAUCGGCGACUUGGACAGCUACAAGCUGACUCAACGUCUGCCAACCGGACGAAUUAGCAGGCCAGGUUGGAUGUUGGAGGAAAACUCGACGAACAGUAAGAGCUCUCAAACGAUAAAACGGAAUCCUCCUCGAAUUUUGGAAGCGUUGCCCUCGUAUCCGCAAGGUACGAACGGUGCGUUUAAGCCUGGCAAUAAAUCCAUAUCGGACAGACUAUCCGAUAAACUAUCGUCGAGAUUCAUUCACAACCAAGUGGACGAUAAUCAUUCGACGUUGGUUGAACAUGCUGGUUCCCCCAUGUAUUGAGGCUGAAGACACAAAAGACAGUGAUAAUUGAUAACAGUGGACUAGGAUGAUAUCAGUGGGAGACAUGGAUGAGAAAAUAGCGUUUGAAAUGUGUUCCACGAACGCAAUGGAUUAACGAAUGUUCUUGUACAGCCGGGUUCCGUACUUUGGACCAACAUGGCCACGUGUGAACGUUGCUCUUCGUCAUGGGAAGAUAGUGAUCUGACAAAUAGCUGUCUUGCCUUCCACUUUCCUUAUUUUUAACAACUGCUACGAACCUUAAGUGAAACAUUGUUUGAAAAGUUGCGUAAAUGCAACAUUUUUGAAUUGAAAGACAUUUAUUUUUUUAGAGCAAAACACCUGUAAUAGUAAGUCCGAAUCGUGAUAAUUAUGGUACUUCGAAUGAACAGCAACGCAGAUAGAAAAAAAAAAUAGCAGCAAGAGAAGAAUAUUUGAGCAAGUCCUCAAAAUUGUCCGAAAAGGAAAUUACGAAUGAAAUUGUAUUUUCCGUUGACGCAAUUGCUGUUCUUUUUAAUUGUUUUAAAAAUUGUUAUCAUCGUUCAAACGUCUGAUAAACAUUUACAUGCCGAGAAAUUUAUUCUUUAGCCGUAGAAUACUCUAACAGUUUUAGAAGAAAUUAAUUGCCCUCGCUGAAAUGUUAUUUUCUCUUGCAUAUGUCGCGUCUUCAAUCAGCAAACUAUUCACGAAUAUUUUAUGUUAAAUUUAUGUUAAACCUCGAACUUAAAUAUUCAAAUGCUUGCUACCAAAUGUUAAUGUUAUUC